UGAGAGGCGGAUUGUGAAGACGUCACGGCUGUUACCUGACCAAUCAGAAGCUGACAGGUCAAGAGACAGGGGGAUGAGACAAGAUGGCGGCAAGAGGAGGCAAGAACGGACUGCUGGAGAAAUGGAAGAUUGAUGAUAAACCAGUAAAAGUUGACAAAUGGGACGGUUCAGCAGUUAAGAACUCCUUGGAUGAUGCAGCCAAAAAGGUCCUUCUGGAGAAGUACAAGUAUGUAGAGAACUUCUGCCUGAUUGACGGCCGCCUCAUUAUCUGCACCAUCUCCUGUGUCUUUGCCAUUGUGGCCUUGGUGUGGGACUAUUUGCAUCCGUUCCCAGAAUCUAAGCCUGUCUUGGCCUUCUGUGUCAUAUCUUAUUUUCUCAUGAUGGGCGUCCUCACCAUUUAUACCUCCUAUAAGGAAAAAAGCAUCUUCCUAGUUGCUCACAGAAAGGAUCCUGCUGGGAUGGACCCAGAUGAUGUUUGGCAUCUUUCAUCCAGCCUGAAAAGGUUUGAUGACAAGUACACAUUGAAAGUCACAUAUAUAAAUGGGAAAAGCAAGCAGCAGCGAGAUGCAGAAUUUACUAGAUCCAUUGCAAAAUUCUAUGACGAGAAUGGAACAUUAGUGAUGGACAUGUUUGAACCUGAAGUCUCCAAGCUGCACGACAGUUUGGCAAUGGAGAAAAAGACAAAAUAACAGUUCAGGUCUGGGCCUUACUGCCGGGUUAUGCAAAAAGGAAAAAAAAUGGAAGCACUAAAUGUGAAAAAAAGGAAUGUCUGUCCUUUGCCUUCCUCUGGGGCCUGCAAUGAUUUGCUCAUCACACAGCUAUAACCAGCCUAUAAGGAGCCGCAGGCCUCUAAGGGAGCAGAGGGCCAAUAUCAUGGUUUUGUCCUGAAAUACAGUGGGCAUGACCUUCAGUAUUUAACACCUGCAUAUUGUACAGUGCUUCUGUGCACAGGAACAACUAAUAUUAUAGGAUCUUCAGAUGCGUUAUUAUUGGUGCCAGAGUAACGUAGGAUUUUUCUUUUAAGAAGCAUUGUGUUACAUAACCUCUGUAUGUUAAAAGUACAGGUAGAAGCUUGUGUUGUUUUUUUGUUGUCCCCCACAAAUAUUAUUUAUAAGGCAUAGAUAAAACGUGUGGUUGUUUACUAUAAAUCUUUUUUUAAUUGGUCAUUCUAAUGCAAAAAUGAUUUAGCGCAUAGAAUUUUAGCUUUAGUGUCCGUAACUAUGCGUUUUAACCUCUGCAAAAGGUCCCGCUUUGACCAGUAACGCAGUUAGGGGCGGCAUGUAACUGCCAGUCACAGGCCUUGUCCAGCUCAAGAGUUACAAUGUGUUGCUACUCCCAAGCGGGACUUUUGCUAUGAUUUUUAAGCUCUCUGCAGGGGUUGAAGGGACAACUGCAAUAGGGGUCUACUGCUCAUAAUGGUUUUGUUUUUCUUCCUGUAUCUGCUGCUCUCUUUAAAGCUAUUCUCCUAUUUAAUCUCUUACAGAUGCCAGUUGGUAAAGCUCCGCAUCUUCAUACUGGGAGCCAACAUCUUGCAGCUCAUGUAUUGAUGCACCUUGUGACAGACGCAUUGUGCAUUGACAGAUCAGUGACAUUGGGCGCUUUUUGACAGCUGUACCUUGCAGGUUUUUUUUGUUUGUUUUUUACACCGUUAAAAAGUUAAAUAACAAAUAUACAAAAACAAACAAAAAUCAGGAAGUAAUUAGAGUUGUACAGUUGCUGCAAAUAAUGUACGGCUUCCACUCAGUAUUGUGCACGAUAAAUUGAAGUGCGGCAUAUUGAAAAGACGACAAUGUCACUGACCUGUGAAUGUGCACCUCCUCUCUCACACAGUGAGCGAUUACUUAAGCGCCAAGAUGGCGCGCUCAGUGUAAAAAUGCACAGCUUCAACACGUAGCACUCUAAAAGGUUUAAAUAAUAGAACGGAUUUGAAGAGAGCUGCAGACCCAAGAGGAAAAAACGCAACAUGCGGAGUGGUAACCAAACUAUAUAAGUUGUGCCCAGCAACAGUUAUCACUGUGUAAACACAACAAGCGCUAACAAAUUAGUAUUUUAGUUUUGCUUUAGAAUAUCCAUAUUAAUAAAAUACAAUUCCGAAAAUGUUACAGAAAAAAAGAAGUAAAAUGUGUAUGCGUAAUACAUGUAGAUAAACGUGCACUAUAUGUUAGUGGACAAGCUUAUAAUAAAUUCUCUGAGGAUCUUAUAAUAAAUACAUUUGUUAAAAAUACUGAUCCCUGUGUUACACAUUUCAGGACAAAUCCUUAUUUGAACAGAAUUCUGUCCAUUCUUUAUUUUUAUAUUUAUUUGAUGUUUUCUGGGUUUUGUACACCGUCUGGAGGGAAUAGUUAAGCAGAGGGGAAGUGAAUCUGCUCCUAUAUAAAUAUAUAUAAAGCUUAGCUUUGUCUUAAGGCCAAUAAUAAAAAAAAGCAUUUUUAGAUCUGUUACUGUCCUUAUGUCGCAUUCCAUUCCAAACGUCUAUUGAACAUUUGUUCCUGAAAUGCCGUUUUCUAAAUCUGUUUUCCAAUAAAAGGAGAGGAGAUGCAAAGAA